CUGGCCCCGCCCUGCUUCCGGUGUGCGCCGGAAGGGGCGGGGCCUGGGGCGCCCUCUGAGUCGCGGGCACGGCCGGGGGGGGGACUCCGCCAGGGCUGAGAGCAGCGCCCAGGACCUCCUCCGUGCGCCGCCUCCUGCGCUGCCUGCCGGGCAGGGACCCCGCACCGCCCGCGGGUGCCCGGUGCCAGCUGCGGGGGUCGCUGCCAGCGCAGUGCCAACCACCCCAGCAGCCAGCCCGGCCCAUGGAGGGGGCCCCGAGGCUGAGGCCCCUGGUGGCCGUGUGCCAGGUCACCUCCACGCCCGACAAGGAGCAGAACUUUGCCAGCUGUGCCCGGCUGGUGCAGGAGGCAGCGCAGCGCGGGGCCAGCCUCAUCUUCCUCCCCGAGGGCUUUGACUACAUCGGAGAGGACACAGCCCAGACCCUCAGCCUGGCAGAGGGGCUGGAUGGGGACAUCAUGACACGCUACAGCCAGCUGGCCAGGCAGUGCCAGGUGUGGCUGUCCUUGGGUGGCUUCCACGAGCGUGGGCAGGACUGGGCAGCCACAGGACGCAUCUACAACUGCCACGUGCUGCUGGACCCCCACGGGCGGCUGGUGGCAGCCUACAGGAAGACUCACCUGUGCGACGUGGAGCUGCAGGGCAGAGUGUCCCUGCGGGAGAGCAGCUUCACCAACCCUGGCACCCAGCUCCUGCCCCCCGUGGACACCCCAGCGGGCAAGCUCGGCCUCUCGGUCUGCUAUGACCUGCGCUUCCCGGAGGUGUCCCUGGCACUGCGCCGCGCCGGUGCCCAGCUCCUCACCUACCCCUCGGCCUUCACCUUCCCCACGGGCUCUGCGCACUGGGAGGUGCUGCUGCGGGCAAGAGCCAUUGAGACCCAGUGCUAUGUGGUGGCAGCUGCCCAGACCGGGCAGAACCACGGCAAGAGGACAUCCUUCGGCCAUGCCAUGGUGGUGGACCCCUGGGGGGCAGUGGUGGCACAGUGCCGUGAGGGCCCUGGGCUCUGCUACGCCGAGAUCGACCUGGACUACCUGCAGCAGCUCUUUUUAAUGGAUACAAAAGAAACCAAAACUGGGACAGAGGAAAACCCAAGCCCAGGAGAGGCUGAAGGGGAGGAAGAGGACAGGAGGGCAGAAGGACAUCUGGGGACAUCGUGAAGGUGCUCCUCAAGGCUGCAGCGGUUGGAGGUGUCCCCUCCAGCUUUAAAAUGACCCAAAAUAAAGCCCCCCAAAACAGGUGAAAAAAGGAUAAAAAAACCCCAAAGUCCAGGAAAAGCUCAA